CCGGUUUGCUGUGACGUACCCGGAAGUGAGGUGCCUCACGGACGUUUUGUGUACAUUCGCCGAUGAGUGUUGCUAUGUAGGAGAUGCAAUGGAGAAAUAUUUUCUUACGAUGUGAAGAGAAACGCAUCAGCUGAGUAAUCCUGCACUUCAUCCAGAAGUGGUCAAGAUGACGACGAUCGUCCACGACGCCUCGGAGUCCGUCCUCCUGUGCCGGGAAUACAACCUCUACCUGAAACCCAUCGCCAAGAUGACCAUCAGCGUUUCUCUUCCUCAGCUCAAGAUGCCCGGGAAGUCCAUCUCCAACUGGGAGGUGAUGGAGCGCCUGAAGAGCAUGGUUCACCCGGAGCAGUUUUCCUCGCUCCGGAUCUCCAAAAGCACCAUGGAUUACAUCCGAUUCGAGGGCGAGGCGGAGAACAAGAGCGCCGUCAAGCGCUUUCUGGCCAACCUGGACGGCAAGAGUAUCAAACUCAGCGGCUUUACCGACGUCCUGAAGGUGCGCGCCGCCGAAACGAAGAUGGACUUCCCAACGCGGCAUGACUGGGACUCGUUUUUCCGGGACGCCAAGGACAUGAACGAGACGGUUCCGGGAGAGAGACCGGACACCGUCCAUCUCGAAGGACUUCCCUGCAAGUGGUUCGCCCAGAAAGACGCGUCAUCAGACAAACCUUCGGAAGACGCCCUAAAGUGUGUGUUUGAAAAAUUCGGGAAGAUCCGGAACGUCGACAUUCCCAUGCUGGAUCCGUACAGGGAGGAAAUGACGGGAAAGAACUUCAACACCUUCUCGUUCGGCGGCCAUUUAAACUUCGAGGGUUACAUCCAGUACGAGGAUCACACAGGGUUUGUGACGGCCAUGAACUCGCUGAGGGGGAUGAAGCUGAUGUACAAGGGCGAAGACGGGAAAGCCAUGGCGUGCGGGAUUAAGGUGAGCUUCGACACGACCAAACACCUGAGCGACUCCUCGCUGAAGAAGAGACAGCAGGAGCGCGUGAAGCUUCAGGAGCUGGAAAGGCAGCGAGAGGAGCAGAAAAGAAGAGAAAAGGAGGAGGAAGAGAGACGCAAGGAAGAAGAACGAAAGCAGCGUGAGCUGGAGGAGGAAGAGAAGGAGAAGCGGAGAGAGGAAAAGCUGCGGAAACGCGAGCAGAAACUGAAGGAACGCGAGGAGAAGAAGAACCAGAAGAAGGUGAAGAAGCAGCAGGAGGAGGAGCAGAAGAAACUCCACCAGAAAAUCGCCAUGGAAGAAAGGAAGCUGCUGCUGGCACAGAGGAACCUCGAGUCCAUUCGGCUCAUCGCCGAGCUGCUGAGCAGGGCUAAGGCCAUGAGGCAACAGCAGUUGGAGCGGGAGAAGGCAGAACUCGCCCGUUUGCAGAAAGAGGCGGAGCUUCGGCGUCAACAGGAGGCGGAGCUUCGGCGGAAACAGGAGGCGGAGCUGCGGCGGGUGGAGGGUGAAAAGGCUCGAGCUCUGGAGCUCCAGAGGAAAGAACGAGAGCUGAGGGACCGAUUGCUGGGGAACCUUCUGAAAAAAAGCACGAACCAGGAGGCAGAGUCUAACGGUGAUGCGCAGAAGUGGGAGGGGCCUAGCAAUGAACCUCCCAGGGUGGAGGGACCUACCACAAUCAACACCUCUGUCACUAGGAGUCGCCAAGAGAGCAAAUCAAGGAAAGAGGAGGAGCGAAGAACCUCGAGAGAAUGGAAUCACAGUUGUGGGAGGAGCCAAAGUCAGAGUAGGAGUGGUCAGAGACGGAGCAGGAACCGACGUUCCCGAUACGGACAUAGCCGAAGUCGAAGCGGGAGUGGUCAGAGACGGAGCCGAAACAGGAGGUCCAGUCGGGGGCGGAGCUUGAGCGGCAGCAGGAGUCGAAGGCGGCAUAGCCGGGAUCGGCGGAGCCAUAGAAGAAGUGGGCGGAGCCAUAGGUACAGCCAUGGAUGGAGCAGCAGCAGUAGUAGCAGCGGAAGGAGCACGAGUCGCUCUUCCAGUCGAGGGCGGAGUCGACGGUCCAGGCGACACUGAAUGCACAAGUUAUUGAAACAAAAUCAAAAUAAAUAGCAAAAAAAAAAAACAUGCUAAUUACUAGCGAUAAUUUGUAGAAUGGUGUUAAUUUGCACGUGGUGCUGCUUAAAGCCUUAAACUCUGGAGUCACUUCAGGUGGAAGCUGCAGAGCAAGACACAUGAAGAUUACACCAGAAAUGCUACGUUUAUUUCAGUCGAGUUAGCAUGAGUAUGCUGCAAGGUUAUGUGGCUAGCGUUUUUCAUGACUGAACCAGAUUUUAUGCUAAGUGUCUGAUUCAACAGGGCUUUAUAUUCGUGUGAACUGUUAGGCUAGCAUAUUCCUGCUGACCGAUUAGCGUAAUCCGGCCCUUAAAGCACAUUUAUAAACCCAAAUUCCUAGAUUAAGUUUGGCUAGUUUUGAGCGAGCUGAAGUAAACUAAACACUUAAAUUACAUUCAAACUGCUUCCACCGUGUUGUCUGAUGUCAGCGUGCUAACAUGGCGUUAGCGUGGUAUUUACACAUUAAGUGUGUGACAUGCUAGCCGAAGUCAACACCAUGGGUGUUAACGUGAUGUAAGAUUAGCCAGUAUAUAUUUUACGAUUCAGACCUGCUUUCAGUGUUACAGUGGACCGAAUCGAGCGACACUAAAUGUAUAAACUAAUAAGCAAAUUCGUAACGAUUGUUUCCAUAACAGUGCUUUAAAUACCGCGAUAAGAUAAGAGCACACGUGAAACGGCAAACUAGACGUAACAAGAUAAGGACAGUGUUCACUUUUAUACUAGCAAACAUUUCUGCUGUAGUGAUAUUUUGAGUAGUUACAAACGACCGGUUUUAUUUAGCCACGUGAUCGUGAAAUAGCGAAUACCGAAGCCCGCCUCUGUUACUCGCUGAGCAGGAGGCGGAGCUUCGUCAGCAGAGCUCCGGAUGGUAGAACGGAUCUCUGGGCAGAAUUUAGUUUUUGAAAAGAUCGGAGUAGUUUUUUCCACAAUGUGUAACAUUUAGUGUUAAAAUACGCAUCAAAUAAAGUCAUAUGAAGUGGCAGCAUGACGUAUUUUGCUGAUUGUGUAGCGUUCUUGGAUCAUCAGAGGAGGACAGGGCUUAAAUUAAUUCAUAUUCGGUUACUCUGUCGUAAACUUGGUCAUAUGCCAUCAGCACUAGCCUUUGAAGUUUUUCUUACCCUCGUUAAAGGAUUUAAUUUGAAAAUAUAAUAGAUUAAUGAUAUCAUAUUAGCUAGGUAGCUUGCUAAAUGCGUGAAUUGUUCGUACGAGCAUUAACGCAAGAAAUUUGGUAUUCAUGAAAAUCUGAUCAUUUCAGAAAAAAACGUUGGUAUCCUACUCGUGCUCCCGAGUGUGUGAAAAGUAACUGAUGUAAACCUCGAUUGAACCUCGGCUUCAAAUCGUAUAAAUCACAACGAGUCACUGCACUUUUAUACACGGAUUAUGCUGUAGAUUACGCUGUAAUAGCGUGUGUGGUUUUAAUCGUAUAAAAAUUUGCAGCACCAAGUGAAUGAUAAGUGACCGAUCUGGUACGUCUCAAGCUACAAUGUGCCGUAUACUCCCUAGUGUACUGCAGAUCAUGUGUCACAUACAUGUGUGUGUCAUAUAGAUAGAUAGAUAGAUAGACAGAUAGAGAUAUAGAUACACACAUUUAAACUCCAGAUUUUGGCCUUUCAGGUGCCGUUACGCUGUUAAAUACGAUUUUUAUUAGCAUAGACGUGAAUCUAAAUAACUUCUUCCUCUGAGAAAUUCUUCUUUUGCCUUUUCGCUUUUCAUUUCUGCCUUUUCCGGAGAUUUGUGGGCGUCACUAAAUGAAAAUUUAGCGCGUGCAGGUGCCUGGUAACGUACAGGGGAUUGGCGUUCAUCAACACACGCAUGCGAGUACGAAGAAAAUUACGAAGAUUAGCAUUUCCCAAUCUUUUGUAAAUCUUGUAUUUUAGCUCGGUUUGGUUUACGCAAACAUUUACACACAACUUCACUAAAGUAUUGAUAAACGAAGCCCAGAGAUGUUACCCGCUAACAGAGUACGCAGAGUAGCUAGCAAGCUGGCUUACGCUAGGUCGAUAGUUACAUUAUGCCUAACUCAGGUAAACCUUGUAACACUGUAUUAUCACGUUUGUAUUAUCACGCUCCUCCAUUGUUGAUCCAAGAACGUCUGGCAUUCAGUAAAAUCACGAUGUACGUGUUUUUUCUUUUGCCUAUUUGUGCUGUUUCAUACACAGCAGAGCCAAAGAUACUUGUUGGUUUUCUGUAUUUUUUUUUUUUCACCACCAAUACUUUAGGAAAGUGAGAAAAAACGUUUUGCUGCUUGAAUGUAAGAAACCUCGCAUCUCACGGACUUGAAAUGUUUUACUUACAUGGCUGCCUGAUGAGUUAAAAACACAAAGAACUGCAUAAGAACCUGAAAACGACCGUGUAACUUUAAUUUCCUGCAAGUAUUUUUUUUUUUUUUUUUUUUAUGAAAUAGUGUUUGCAUUUUGCGUGUUCUCAUGUCUGAGGGAUUUUUGCUGUUUUUAUGUCGGAUUGAAUUCCUAGUGUAGUUUUAUUCUUCAGAAUGGUUGUGUUGCGCAGUUGUUUUUUUUAAUGUUAGUUAGCCUGUUUAAUUUGAAAGAAAAAAGAACGAAUCUUCUCUGAAGUCAAUAAAUUUAUUGCAGUUAUUCCAGACUGAA